AGGCGGCCUCUCUGGGAAGGCCUGGCUUGUUCGCUUCCUCAGUGCCGUUUCAGCAUCUGGCCUUCCUGACGGGCGCGGUGAUCGCAGGGCAGGGGACUCUCUCAGGCAAGCUCCACCCCGGACGGACGUGGUGGAUUGGGAACGACAGGGAGAGGGAGUGGAGAUGUAUCAGAAGCAGAGCAGCAGCUGCGGGAGCUGGGCACACUAUGUGUAUUUGCAUCCCGCUGGAUUAAGCUGCGAACCAGGCUCCUCCUCGGCGCUGUUGGAUGCUCCAGCACUCCAAUGCCCGCGACUGCCGGUCUAGGCAUGAAAAGCGCCACGGAGAGAUUGCCUGUCUGUGCCUGGUCGAGAGCUCGUGCGCCCCGGCGCGAGUCAGCCCGCGUGCUCGGCCAAAUCCGUAGUAAGUUGGUGGUCCCUGGGCCAGGGGGGCUUGGGGGCUUGGGGGCAUCAAGUGCGUGUUGCCUACCCGCAGAGAUCAUCAUCUCCCUCCGCAGAUCGCGCGUUUGGCCUCGUCAUACCACUCGGAAUCUCACAUCCUCCGUGACUGACUUCAAUCAAUCCUCCAACCUCCAUCGACCUACCUCGUACCUUUUCUCGCAUCGCCACCCCACUCACCGCGGGAAGGAUUCUGGAAUCGCUCGCUGCACGAGGAACCCUAUUUCCAGCGCCCGGACCGGAGAUACCCUUAGCACCGUCACAUGCAUGUCCGUCCUUUGUUCUGUGAGACGUCCGUUGUUGUUGUUGUUGUUGUUGAGAGCAAUGAAAAGACACACGCACAGCCUGACGUUCUCAUCGACCCCUCCCCCUCCUAUCGAUACACAUCGAUGCGGAGCCGCAACAGCUGCAUCCGGCAGUGCAAUCCCAAGAGCAUGGACCUGGAUUCUACUUCAAUUGCCGGCAAGACGAAUUGCCGCAUGGCAGCUCUAGCCUUUGACGGCUGUGCCCUCGCGCGAGUCGCGGGAUGGACGACACCCCAAAAAAUGAACCAGGAAAACCCGAGACGCUAUUAUGCUUUUUAACCUUUUUCAGGC